CUGAUUGUAGAGCCAAUGUUGAUGGAUAUAAAAUCAGUGUCGAAGGAUAUUCAAGAGAUAAUGAAGAAAUUGAAUUUUAGGUCAGAAUUGGUAAGAGAGUACACAACAAGUCGUUCAUAUGAUGCAAAAAUAGGUAUGUUACUUAACAAAUGUUCAAAGAAGAAACAGAAUGAUUCUUCUCGACAAGCAGCUGGUAAGCCUACUACUACUAAUUCAUUUUUCUCAAUGAACUCACCCCAUGAAGGAAGAUUUGGAAAUGAACAAGGACACAGCCAGUAUCCUGUUGGGGGGUUUGAAAGACAAUAUUCUAUGUACCAACCUUUAGGGCAACCUUUUAACCCCUAUAUGCAAAAUUAUUUCCCACAACAUCCCUGGCAACCUCAGUAUUCACCAAGUAUGGGAAGAAGAAAUACUGGGGAGAAUUUGAGCAGUAAAUUAAGGUUGCCAAAACUUGAAUUGAAGUCAUUUGAUGGGAAUAUGAUGAAUUGGAUGGAAUUUUGGGACUCUUUUGAAAGGAAUAUUCAUUUGAAUUCUUCAUUGUGUGAUGUUGACAAGAUGUCUUACCUAAAGGCUUCUCUUAAGGGUACUGCUUGUCAUGCGAUUGCAGAUUUGCGAACUACUGGGGACAAUUAUGCACCUGCAGUUGACAUUUUAAAAGAGAAAUAUGGUAAAGCUAAUGUAUUGAAGGGAUCUCACAUGUCUGCAUUAAAGGCUGUUGUUGCUGUAACUUAUUCUAAAAAUUUAGAUGGGUUAAAAAAGUUGUAUGAACUUGUUGAUAUGCAUGUAAAAGCAUUAUCUGUAUUAGGUACCUCUGAAGAACAGUAUUCUUUAGUUAUUGUACCAGAUUUAAUGAAGAAGAUACCAAGAGAUGUUGAACUUUCCAUCAGAAGAACAAUGUCUGUAGACCAUGAGUGGACCAUGAGUGAAUUUUUGAACAAGCUCAGAGAGGAACUUCUGUUCAGGGGUAUGGAUGAAGCAACACCAAGAGUGCAGAAUUCAAGAGAAGAGAGGAAUCCUAACAAAGGGAAAGCAUUUGCUAUUUCACCAAAUGCAACCUGUGCUUUUUGUCUUGGAGAGCACAGAAGUGCUGACUGUUCUGUUGUCACUGAAGUGAAGAAGAGGAAGUCAAUAUUGAUGAGGUAUAAGAGAUGUUUUUGCUGCUUGAAGAAAGGUCACCGUGUCAAAGAUUGCUACAACAAGAAGCCUUGCAGCAAGUGCAAUGAAGGGGAGCAUCACCCUGUGAUAUGUGAAAAAGAAGAGAGUGUUCCAAAUAUGCAUGUUGUCACACCUGGUGGAAUAGCAUAUCAAACUGUGUUAGCCAAAGUGAAUGUCAAGGGAAAGCCAAGUAUUAUUUGCAGAUGUCUGUUGAAUACAGGGUGUGAUAAGACAUACAUGUUGCAGAAAACUGCUAAUUUGCUGAAAUCCAAGCCAUUAAGACAGGAAAGAAAAGUUCUGGACACUGUGCAUGGAGAAAGGCAACAUAUCUGCUCAGUGUACAAGAUAGAAGUAAAAGACAUGACAGAAAAGCUGAAAUUUGAAACUGAGGUGUCCACACUCAGCAAGCUGACAUCUGUCAAGAAUGUGAAGCCCCAGAUUUUAAAGAAAAAAUUCAACCAUUUGAAGAACCUGGAAUUUUCAGAUAUUUCAAGUGAAAGAGAACUUGAAAUUGAUGUCAUCAUUGGAUUGGAAGACCUUUGCAAGCUCAAAACAGGAAACAUGAAAUGGGGAAAUGCUGGUGAUCCUGUUGCAGAAGAAACAACACUGGGUUGGACUCUAAUGGGACCAACAAACUCAGCAGAGGAUCAAAGUUGUUCAAGUUCACUGCUGUUGACAACUGAUAAGGAAAAUCUGAGCAAUCAGAUAGCCAAACUGUGGGAUUUGGAGACAGUAGGGAUCAGGGAAGAAAACUCAGUGGAAGAGAAAUUUGAAGAUACAGUAACUUUCAAUGGAGAGAGAUACAGUGUGCAUUUGCCAUGGAAAUCAGAUAGAGUCAAUUUGCAAACAAACAGAAAUCUUUGUGAAAGGCGGCUAAAUGCGCAACUCAGAAGAUUAAAGAAGGAACCGGAAAUAUUAAAGAAAUAUGAUGAUGUCAUUAAAGAUCAGAUAGAACAGGGUAUAAUUGAGGAAGUACCAGAUCAUCCUACAGGAGAAAGAAUCCAUUUCCUACCACACCAUCCAGUAAUACGUGAGAAUGCGGAGAGCACAAAUGUCCGAGUUGUGUACGACGGGUCAGCAAAAGAAAGAAAAGGAGACAAGAGUUUGAAUGAGUGUUUAUACACAGGACCAUCAUUGCUACCUAUGCUACAUGAUGUGCUGUUGAGGUUCCGGAUGUUUCCAGUGGCGCUUGUUGGUGACAUCAAGAGUGCAUUCCAUCAGAUCUUAGUUGAUGAGAAGGACAGAGACAGUAUGAGAUUCCUGUGGGUGGAAGAUGUCACAAAUGAGAAACCUGUGGUUAAAGAAUACAGGUUUACUAGAGUCAUUUUUGGAAGUGGACCAAGUCCAUAUUUGUUAAAUGCAACAUUGCAAAGGCACCUCAAGAAGUACGAAGAAGAAGAACCAGCAGUUGUCCAAAAUGUCUUACCAAACAUGUAUUGUGAUGACCUUGUGAGUGGAGCUGCUGACAGUACGCAAGCCAUAGAGUUGAAAGACAAAAUUACAGCGAUUAUGAGAAAAGGAGGUUUUCAACUCCAUAAGUGGAAGACCAACCAUGUGGAGGUCAGAAAGCACAUAGAGGAGAAAAGUGAUCAAAAAGAUUCAACUACAGUGACGUAUGCAAAGGAAAGCCUAGGUACCAAAGAUUCACAAAGUAAAAUUUUAGGAUUAAAAUGGAAUCCAGAAAAGGACACACUAGGAAUUAGUAUGGAAGCAGUGCUAGAUGUGAAGAAUGGUAAAGUGACGAAGAGAGAAGUCCUAAGCAGACUGUCAAAGGUAUAUGACCCACUGGGUGUUGUGGGCCCAGUUGCAGUGACUGCAAAGCUGAUAUUCCAAGAUAUCUGCAAGGAAAACAAGGAUUGGGAUGAGCCAGUAAGCCCAGAGAUUGAAAUGAGAUGGAAGAAAUGGAUGCAAGCUGUUUCAAGGUUGACUGAACUCAAGAUUCCCUGAUGCAUUAUGCCAGCAAUCGGUGGACCAAGGAAGAUUUCAAUUCAUGUUUUCGGUGAUGCAAGCAAGGCUGCAUAUUGCACUGCUGUAUACCUUGUAUGGCACAAUGAAAACCAGUCAGGUGCACACCUUGUUACUGCAAAGACAAGGUUACCUCCAAUAAGGAAAGAGUGACAAUACCCAGGUUGGAACUAACAGCAGCAAGGAUCGCAGCACGUUUGUUGAAAACAGUCAGAGAAACUCUAAAGAACUGGGAGCUAGAAGAGUUGGUUCUGUGGUCUGACAGCAGCACAGUGCUACAUUGGCUAGAGAAUCGAGGUCAAUACAGACAGUUUGUCCAGCGAAGAAUAGAUGAGAUACAAGCAUUGACAACGGAUGUAAAUUGGAAAUAUGUGCCACCAGCCGAGAAUCCUGCAGAUUUGGGCACAAGAGGAUUGUCUCCCCAGCAAUUAGAGCAAAGCAAGCUUUCGUAGAAUGGACCAGAGUUCAUAGUGGAUUGAAAUUAUCCCCACCAGCCUCACCUGAUCGAAACAGUUGAAAGCAAGGCUGAAGAAAGACAGUAUACACUUCCAAUUGCUGAAGAAGAACCAAGUCUGUCAAUCAACAAUUUAGUGCCUGCGGAAAACUAUGUCUCAUAUGGCAAACUGCUGAGAGUUACAGCUCUUGUGCUUAGGUUUAUAAGUUGCCUCAAGGAGAAGAAAAGGCCAGAUACUCAAAUGUUGCGUGUAGAAGAGAUCCAGGAGGCAGAAGAAUGGUGGAUAAAAGAUACACAAGUGAUGGUGAAAGGAAGAAAUAGUUACUCACAAAUAAAGACACAGCUUGCAGUGAUAGAAAUCAAUGGAAUCUUACACUGCCAAGGACGUCUUCAAAACACAACACUACCAGUUGAAAGCAAGUUUCCAACACUGUUACCCCAGGAUAGCAGAUAUACAAGUUUGUUAAUUUCAGAGUGUCACGAGCGUACACGACACGGGGGAGUAAAUACAACAUUAGCGGAAGUCAGAAGCAAGUUUUGGGUCUUAAAGGGACGCCAGGCUGUAAAGCAACAAUUACGUCAAUGUAUGGUUUGCAAUAAGCGAAAUGCAAAGCCAUGUGCACCACCUCAAUCUGGACAGCUACCAGCAGAGAGGGUGGUUCGAGGCAACCCGUUUAGUACAACCGUAGUUGACUUUGCAGGACCUAUAUAUUUGAAGAAUGAAGAGAAGGCAUAUGUCGCACUAUUCACAUGCGGCAUAACCCGUGCAGUACACUUAGAGCUCACAGAAGAUAUGACAGCCAAUGAAUUUAGAGGAAUGUUUCGAAGAUUCAUCAGCAGACGUGAAGCACCUGCUACAGUAAUAAGUGACAAUGCAAAAACAUUCCUUGCCACUGCAAAGCACUUGAAGAAGAUAUGUGUAGAGCGAGAACUGCAGGAUUUUUUGUUGGCCAACCGCAUUGAUUGGCAUUUCAAUGUAGCCAAGGCACCGUGGCAAGGCGGCUUCUUUGAAAGAUUACUUGGAAUAACCAAGUCAGCAUUAUUCAAGACCAUGAGAAAGGCAAAACUAACCUUUAGAGAGCUGGAAAACAUGUUGAUAGAAGUUGAAGGAAUGAUAAAUAAUCGACCACUUACCUAUCAAACAUCAGAUUUAGAGGAAGAGCCCUUCACUCCAAAUCAUAUGAUUCAUGGUCAUCGACUAGCAAUGAUAGGAAAUGUCAAGCAUGACAAUGAUGCAGAUUUUGAUGACAAGAACGUGAACAAGAGAAUGAAGUUCUUGAGAGCUAAGCUAGAGCAUGUAUGGUAUAGAUGGUUAAAGGAGUAUCUUUUAGGUCUUCGCGAAUAUCAUCGCACGACUAAAGGAGGAGAAGCAUUACCAGAGCUUGGAACUUUGGUAUUGAUCAUAGAUACUACCAUUGAACGACGUUUCUGGAAGUUAGCCAAAAUCUCCAGUUACAUAAAAGGAAGAGAUGAUGUAGUUCGAGCAGUAAGAUUAGAUGCGGUAUCUCAAGGGCGGAAGAUUGUAAUGGAAAGACCACUUCAAGGAAUGUGCCCCUUAGAAAUAAAAGUUCAGGCAAAAAAAGUCAAGCCAAGAAGAGUAGCAGCUUUUGCAGCUGACGAAUUAUUGAAAGUACAUGCACAGUCAUUAAAUCAAGAGUAAAGACACUUGAUUUGGGGGAGUGUACUGAAUUAUAGCUUAGACCCCCUGACUCCAUUUUGUUAUAGCCUCGUUUUGAUUAGAGACCACAUUUUUUGUGAUAGUUGAUAGUUUUUUGUUGAUCAAUAUAGCUUGCACUCGCACAAAUGUUUUUCUCUAUCGUAAAGAUAUUCUCCGAAUGUGUUGAUAAGGAUAUUUUACGACAUGAUUAUCAACUAUUGAUAUAACAUCAAGAAUAGCGCCAUCUAUAUGUUCUAGGUUUCUCACUCCUUUUCAAUGAAUUUUUAAACAUAUGAUAUUUUUAUGUGUAUAAGUCGACCCAGAGUUUAUGGUGGCCCAGAAUAGAAUAAUAUUGACUUUUGAUUGACAAAAAUCAAUGACAUUUGCAAGAGAAAGAACUUUAAUUAUUUUAAAACUUCAGUCUAUACUCUUCUAUCAAAAUUUGUUCACACGAAAGUCUUUUUGUUCAAAAGGAAAUCGUUUUUCUGUAUAAAUUUCUUGUAAACCACACUUAUAAUUAUAAAUACAAAGCAAGUUUUCUAAAAAGCUAGGGCUGAAAUACUGUAAAAUGUAACUUUGAACAAUUUUGCAUCUAGAAAAUAGAGUGUUUGCCAUCUAAGAGUUUAUCAGUGAAUUUUAAACCUUGUCAGGAAAUGAAAGAUGUCUUCUAACUUACUCUAUUGACAAACAAGGCCUGUAAACCUCCCUAGAGCACAAUAGCUAUCAAUUACACUACCAAUUGAAGAGAUAAAGAAUAAUCCAUCCUCUGUUUUUCAAAAUAACUAAGAACAGGCAUGCCAGCUUGAACUUCAAUUCACUGCUUCUUAUAAAAAAUAUUUUACCUUAAUAAAAAGAGUUACAUUUGCCACCCCUUACAGUCACUCUGCUUAUGUCACACUUUUGGUUACAGUCACAUAAAAAUUUUAGUUCCAAACCUGCAAAACUUUUAAUUUAAGGUCUGUUUACAGUCACACUCUGCUAAAUAUCACAACUUUUCAAGCAACAUUUGGUGUGACUAUAAAGUGAAUUAGGUAAUAAGAUUAUUUUUCAUCUGAAUACAAACAAGAAUAAUCAGAAUAUUCUUUCAUGUAACCCGGUCUUAAUAAGAAAUGUGUCUGUUUGCACUACUCAACUGGAGAAUAUAUUAGUGCUGAUGGAAUGAAAUUUAUAAUAGCAAGAUCUUGAUAUUAGGGGAUUGCCAAUUGUUUUGCUUCCUAUUCUGUACACUGCUAUAAAGAAAUGUAGUACAGUUUGAAAAUUAUGAUUAGGGGGGGCUCCAACCCCCUGUUUCUGAUGGCCCUGUAAUUGAUAACAAUCUCUGAUGCUCAAACAAUAGGGAGCAACUUUGGUAUAUUUCUUUUAUGUAGUGUAAAAAGGCCCUUGCUCACUAUUAUAAUUAAGGAAUUCCUACCAGAAUCAGAAUAAUUUCCAUCCAUGGUUGUAGCUUGCCCUCUUCUUUUAUAAGGCACAUGUUUUGAGGAAUGCACAUAUCUUGACCCUGUCUUUGCAUCUGUGGAGCCGACACGGAAACAUUUUGUUCAUAUUUUUUACCAGAAUUUUUUCGUUUUUUUAACACCAUUUUAUUUGUGAGUGCAUCUGUAUCAGAAAGAAGGGAUGCAGCAGAUUCUUCUUUCUUUUUGUGUGCAUCAGGAGUUUCUAAAAAAUUGAAUCCCAGGUGUUAUAGAAGAAGUAUUUAAAUACAGAGAGGAAUAUACAUUUUACAAUUGUUUAGGCUUUAAUUAAUUGAAGGUGUAACUAUUGGUGAAAGCAGAGGCAUCAGAACAGGAUUUGUGCAAGAAAGUCCUCGAUAUUGUAGUAUCACCAAUUAAAUGAUUACCAGCAAGAAUUUUUUUAAGAUAAAUUUAGAGCUGUAAAUUAUUCUGGGUAGUACUUUGUUGAAGAAAUAAAUAUUGGCUCUUACACAAAAAUAAACAUAUUGCACUUGAUGGGCAAGUACCUGUAGACACAGGUCUGGUCAUAAGACUUUAAGCAGGGGAGCAGUAAACAGCUCUCCUAGUAAUCUAUAUGUGAGCUAUAUCUAGAAACAUAAAAAUAUAGACAAAGCAAAAGUUGAUUUCAAGGAGAGCAAUUUGUUUUUUAGAGCAAUUUAGGAAAGCAAUCUCUAGCUCUCCUCCAGCAUUUGAGGAGAGCCUAGAGGGGAGCAAGAGCUAUGGCUUGCUUCAAAUGGCCAGGCCUGUAGACACUGAAAUUAUGCAUAUUUUUGUUUCCAUGCCUUUGGGUAAGGAAUAUACAUAUAACACUCCAUAGGAAAAAUCUUUUCUAACGGAUUUUCAAUGUAAUAUCAAUCAAUUUGCAGUAAAAAAGCAGAUUCUACAGGAUUCUAACUCACAUUAAAAGCAAAAUCAUUAAGUAUAUUAUAAUAAUACAGUCCUUUUCGUGAACAAAAUUACGCGUGUGUGGCAAAUCGCACAUGUAAACAAAUUUGCGUGUGCGAUCGCACUUGUAAAAAAAUUUGAAGUGCCAACCUGAUAAAAUUGGUAAAAGGAGCAAGAAGGGAAAAGCCACUCGAAUACGUGCAGGAGCAAAACUCAAUUCAAUCAAUACAUAACAGAUUUUGUUGCCCUUAGCAGCCAUCUUUAAAAAGUUACUUGCUUUCAGGGCACAAUUACGUUUUGACAGGAAAUCAGUUAUUACAUUUAACAUGCUAAUGGCGACUUAGCUGAAAGACGAUUCGCUAAGUUGAAAGGAGCAUUCAGUCAAAACUUCUGAAAAUUGGAAAAAUCAUAUUGUGGUCAAAAAUGCGAAUCAAGUAACAAGGGGAA